ACAACCAUCCACACUCCCACCAAGCCCAUUCUUCUCCCCUUCAUUACUACCAUUUCAAUACCCACCAUUUCUGCACCCAUAACCCUCCACCAUGCUCAACUUCAAAACCCUAGCUAUCGCCGCCCUUCUCCUAGCCAGUCAGGCCCUAGCUACCCGAAUCACCUACUCCACCAAAUACACCACCGGUAACAUCGGGGACAAGGGCGGCCGUGCCACCAAGAACGCCGGAACAGUGACCGAGGAACAAGAGAAAGAGAUCAUCGCUAAUAUUGGUACUUGGUCCGACCACCACAUUACGGCCCAAAUCCAAGAAAAGACUGGAAUCCUGUUGGUCAUAAGUGAGACUGUGGAAACUAAGGGGCAGGCGGCGACCGCGAACCAGAAUGCGCAGCAUAUCGUUAACCAGCACAUUUAGGUUAUGAUGGUAGUUAUGUGGGUGACUUGGGGUGUUCAUGUUGGUUCUGGGUGGGGGAGGGGGUAUGGUAGCUGUUAAUCGUUGUA